GAUAUGUUCCCUUUUAUUCUCUUCCCCUGUGCGUGUUUCUCGGGAAGGUGCGGUGCGGAGUGCGAGAUCGAAGUGCCCCCGAUCUCGUCGACAUUUCUCCGCGCUUUGAUCUCUAGGGCUCUUCUCCUAAUCCGAUUUCGAAUCAGCCAUGUCACCUCCAGAUUCAUGGAUCAGAGAGUUCAAUGAGGCUUCAAGGCUUGCUGAUGACAUCAGCGCUAUGAUUGCUGAAAGGGGCUCUUUGCCGCCAUCAGGCCCAGAUACACAACGCCAUAAUUCUGCGAUUAGAAGGAAGAUCACAAUUCUCGGAACUAGACUAGAUAGCUUGGAGUCCCUAUUGUCCAAGCUUCCCACAAAGCAGCCAAUAAGUGACAAGGAGCUGCAUAAGCGCCAGGAUAUGCUUUCAACUUUGAGAUCUAAAGCAAAACAGAUGGCCUCGACAUUAAACAUGUCAAACUUUGCUAACAGGGAUGAUCUCUUUGGGCCGAGUAAAAAAGCAGCUGACGAAAUAAGCAGGGUGCAAGGGUUGGACAAUCGUGGUAUUGUUGGUCUACAGAGGCAGAUAAUGAAAGAGCAAGACGAGGGCCUUGAAAAGUUGGAGCAAACUGUAAUUAGCACAAAACAUAUUGCUCUAGCAGUUAAUGAAGAAUUGGACCUUCAUACGAGAUUGAUUGAUGACUUGGACCAACAAGUUGAUGUAACAGAUUCACGACUUCAGAGGGUGCAAAAGAGACUGGCAGUGCUAAAUAAGCGUACAAAAGGGGGAUGUUCAUGCAUGUGCUUGCUUUUAUGCGUCGUUGCCAUAGUGAUUUUGGCUGUAAUUGCUUGGGCUCUGAUCAAGUACUUGUAACAGUAGCACAAAAAAAAGUGUCUCCGAUUGAUCGGUCUUUGCAAUUACAGUGCUGCUUUCACGUGUCCAGCAUUCCGUCGAAAGUUUUUCUUUCUUUUUUUUUUCGAUUGCCAUUUGGGAAGAAGUGGAACAUUUAUGUGAAGCUGAUUGUGUUUGUAUCAUAAUGUAUCUUGAAUGCAAAAUUACAGCUUGUGCACUGUGUGAUAUAAUGGAAGUUACUACUUGUGUUUUCCUUCUCAUCCA